UUCCCAAUUGCCACCAUGACCUCCCAAGACAAUCAGCCGUUAAACGUCCACUUCACCGUCCUUGAUGACGAUCAGUUCCGCGUCCGAGGCAAGACGCUGUUCGUCGCCGUCCUAAUCUUCACCGUCGUCCUCCUCGUCACACUGUUCGUGCUCUACGCGCGCUGGCUCUGCCGUUUCCACCACCACGACGUCUCCUCCGACGCGCCCCCCACGCCUCCGCUGAUUCGGCCCAAGGGCCUCGACGCCGCCUUCAUCCGCGCCUUGCCGAUUGUGUUGUACCAGGAAUCGAACCGGGAUUUGGAAGCCGGCAGCGGUGGCGAGUGCUGCAUAUGCCUGGGCGUGUUCGAAGACGGCGAGAAGGUGAAGGUUCUGCCCAACUGCCGCCAUAGUUACCACUCUGAGUGCGUGGACACGUGGCUUUCGACCCAUUCGAGCUGUCCAAUCUGUCGAGCUCAGCUCCAUGCUCAUUCUACUGCUUCCUGAUUCUGCUUAAACUUAGUUUUUCUUUUUUUUUUUUCUUUUUUUUUUGAAAAUUAAUUAUUAUCUCCAUCUGGUAAACUGUUGUAAAAAAAGUAGCGGAAUAAAAGAAUAUUUGCCCCGACAA